AUGUCCGCCAACUCCCAGAACGUUACAUACUCGGGAUCGGGGGAGCAGGACCAUGAAAAUACUGAAGGUGCAGUGACUGAAGUUAUGAGUGCUAAAUGUGUUAAAGUACCAUUGGACGAGCAUAUUUUUGCACUGAUUAACAAAAAUAAUCUUGUCAGACAAGAAGAACCUUUAAAGUGUAGUAGUAAUUUAAUAGACAAAGUGAUUCUAAACUAUAUCAUUGUGAAGGAAAUACUUAGUAAUCUAUCAUGGCAAGACAAGCUGCUCUGUGAACUGGUUUGCACUACUUGGAAUUCUGCUGUGCAAACAUUAAGGAGAGAGCAAUUAGGUCCCGGCGAUUUUGUAACAGACUUUCGAACUCAUUCUUUAACAUGUGGAACUGUCUACAAGCAAUCUGGAAAAUUCCACAAUAAUCCUUUGGUGGUUAUGGCAUUUGUUAAUACAUCUGGAUUUAAUAUGUCCUGUCAGUGUAAGUUAAUUAAACCAAGUCCAUGUCUUCGUCCAUGUAAAAAGGAGCAUUGUUUGAUUGAUGUGGUACAUAAAAUCAGCUGUGCUCCGAAGGACUGUAUGAAUAUUAUUAGAUCAGAUUAUACUACAUAUAUGCCUCUGCCACAGUCUGUGACAUUUGAACAUACACUUACAAACCUAAAAUCACAUCCAUUCAUUGGGGGAUUAUACAUUCCGGUAAUACCCGAUGUAAAGUUUCAUACAAUAAACUUGAAGUCAAAUGGUAAUAUGCAAGAUGACUUCUAUAAUACAGUGGAUGAAAUAGCAAAAGAGAGAACCUUUAAGGGUGUCCUUGUAUAUGUUACCGAUAAGUAUCUAUUGAGAUCUGUUGAAGAUAUUGUAUUUUUAAAUUAUUUAAAGGAUGUGCAACCCAAUGUACCUUAUGCUUUAGGGGGCUGUAUCAUUGAGGAUACAAUAUUUGAACAGAGGGAUAUCGAUGGAAUUGUGGACGCUGUUAAUAAAGGGAAUGACUUUAUUAGUGAAAACUUGAUCUCAAUUGGUUUAUUUACUAUCCCAAAAGAAUCUCCAUGCAAUGAGUAUAAUUUUGAUAUGUAUUCAUUCAUUCUUGAAUCAUCAGACUGGACAAAGGCUAAAAUACAGCAGGCUAUUAAUGAGUUCUCAAAGAAAGUUCCAAAAUUUGAGUACAGCGUUGUAAUCAAACUCUCUUGUGUGGGUCGGGAUCAGAAACAUAAAUGGGAACAAGAAUGUUUCCGAGCAGUAUUCCCGAACACGAGAAUUAUUGGAUGUUUUGGAAAUGGUGAAAUAGGUGUAAACCAUCCAACGAGGCCUCCACCAGUAGUACCAACAAACUGUGUUAAGAGACAUCGACGUGACUCAGGACCACAGUUUGGUAUUGUAUAUUCUUAUUCUACAGUGUUUGUAUAUAUUGGAUGGGGAAAAAUUACUCUCCCAUAAGGUGUGAGGCCUCAUAUUUUACGUAAUGU